ACUCAUUUGUAUUUACACUACAGAACACUUCUCGACAUCAGCGCCUCAAGGGACACACCAUAUCCCCAAGCCAUUUUUAUUCUCUAUUUACGGUCUUCAAGAUAAAAAUUACAUCAAAUCUUCGGUUAUAUUCAAAUGAUUUCUUAAACCAGAAGGAAUCUAUUGGAAAAGUCUGACUACUGAGCCCUUUGACAAGAAAACAAGACCAACAUGUCGGCAAACGAACCGUAUUUUUUGAACGUAACCGUGGAGAGUCCUGCAAGUCCCACAAGUCAAUUCACUUCCCUUGAAGAACGAAAUACUCUUGAACUAACACAAGCUGUGAUUCUGUGCACCGUGUUGGGCGUCGCCAGUGUUCUUGGAACACUUGGGAACUUAUUAGUCUUAACUUCCAUCAUCAAGUUUGAUUAUUUGAGAGAAAUUCCUGACUUUUUUAUUUUUAGCUUGUCGUUGUCUGACUUUCUUGUCACAGCAAUCUUUCAGCCCUUGCAAGCUUACAAAGUCACACAUUUGAUUCAAGUCUCCGGGAUUGUAGCAUUUUCGGAAAUAACGAGUCUUCUCGGGCAUAUCUCACUGAUUGCAUCCAUUUCAAACAUGUUUGGAGUAACUGUGGAACGCCUGAUUUCCAUUCGCUUCCCUUUGAAGUAUGAUUUCCUAGUGACUAAAUUUCGAGCCAAAGUCACCAUAAUCUGCAUCUGGUUUUUUUCGUUAUCCUAUGGAACAGUCUGGACACAGGACCUUGCUCCAAAAGAAUACAUGGCCAUUUAUUUCGUCCUGGUCCUCGUUGGAACAGCAUCGAUCUAUUUUUACAUAUUUCUCAUCGCCAGACGACUCGAAGGCAGAAUGGUGCAGACACAAAGAGAAUCAACAGACGCUGGAAUUCCUAACAGACGCCGAGAGAGAAAAGCUGCAAAAACCAUUGCAACCAUUCUAGGGGUUGCAGCUCUAUGCUGGCUUCCUCUUUUGAUCGUUCCAAACGUUCUCCCCAAGAAUUUGGAUCAUGCAACAUUCAUGAAAAUUUUCUUUCCUCUUCAGACUUUGUCGGUUUGUAAUUCCUCGAUCAAUCCUUACAUUUAUUGUGUGAGAAGUUCCAGGUAUUCCGUAGCGUUUACCAAGCUGCUUGGGUUACAAAAAAUUUUUAACUACAAAGUACAAGCUAAGGACACCAAAGGUUUGUCCGUUUGUCGUACUCAAGGCGAUGUUCCAAAACCAGAUACUCAGGCCCCUCAGAAAGACAUCAAAGAUGUCGCUUUGUAAUGAAACAAAGCAGAGAGAAACCAAAAGUUUUACGAAUUUUAAAUAAUUUCGGCCUCUACCUGUGAUUCGAUGGACUUUUCGCAACUCUGGGAGUAAUUGUAUACAUAUCAAAUUGAAAGCACUUUACCACAAGAUUAUCAAGUUCAGUCGAAUCAGAAGACACGACAGAUCGCAGGAAGGCAGGAGGGCAAACUUUGAAUUUUCUUUAUAACCAUACAGCUGUGCAUUAGUAGCAUGAUUUUCACCAAACGCAGGUAGCGUCCGGUUGUUCACAAGAGUGCAGAAAAACAAAAGGCCAACAGAACUAAUGCAACUGGGAAGCGAAGACAGGCCAUGAAGUCAAGGGUAAGCAAGCCACUGUCUGCUGACACCAUCCUUUGCCCUCACUGCCGUCUUUUCUUCAGGGCUAGGAUUGGAAUGCGCUCGUACGUUAGAAGAUCUCCUUGACCUCUAGAUGACUAUAUCGUCUUCGUCAGAAAGGCUAACAUCGUGCGUCUGGUUGUCAUCUUUACAGCUUGUCUCACUUCCUUGAUAAGGAUCACUUCCUUAAGAAAAAACCAAAAAUACCGUGAUGCAUUCUACAUGAACUACAUAUGAACUGUUUUGUGAAUCAAUCGUAAAACUACGACAGCGAUGAGAAUUAGAUAAAAGAGUUAUCGGCUGUGAAUAUCGUUUUCAUAUUCAAAAGAGUUAUUGUUGCAAAGAAUCCUCUAAUUAAAAUUUUAAUUGUCAUUAGAGUAUCUGCAGACCUUCCUGUCUAAAACUGUCGUUUACUUUGCUGGAAAAUCUGAGUUUGACGACGACGCAGCUGAAUAACUGUUUUCAUGUGACCAAAGCCUGACAUGGCCUGACAAUACAUAAGGGCGUGAUUAUGAACGAAAAAAUCUGGAAAAUAUCUUUCUGCAGGAAGUUCAGCAUACCAAGUGAAAUUUAUGGCACCCAAAAGAGCACGACUAUUGCGCGGAAUUGGAAUGAGUUGCGACACUAAAAAAAAUUACAUAAUUUUUCGAAAGGAGCGUAGCAAUGCACCAAUCACUUUUCUACUGUGGUAAAUACAAGGAUCAUUGGCACUGAGGCGCAUUUCUGUAAUACCGCACAUUUAGCGGUCUUUAGGAUUUACAACCUUUAUAAUGUUACAGUGAGCGUUUAGCUGCGCUGUGACGCGCACCUGCAUCGAAACGCGGACAAAAUAUUUAUUUUGAGACGCGAAAUUCAUCUCAAAAUUAGGUUUUCUCUGUGUUAGACUUUGAUGCACUACAAAAAAGUUGAUUGUUAAAUUAGAAAAAAAG